GGCGGAAUAUGUUUCAAAUCGAAACUAGAACCGAAAUGUGUCUUGUUUUACUAUAAAUUGAGGCAGACACGACAAGGAUAUUUGUCUGAAGGCUACUGAUCAUUAUGAACCUGAUGUAUAUGUGUACGCUGAAGCACAAGUUAAAAAUUGUUCUUCCAACUUGAAAGUAGUUAUUUCCUGUAGUCCAGAAAUUGCGGAUGUGGACAUGAGGCUCUCAGUGUGUAAAUGAUGCAAUGUGGAAACUCUUAGUUAAAACAUCUUUGUGAAUUGUUUCCCAUUAUAGGGACUAUAUGGAUUCCAUUCACCUUAUUCUUCUGUUUGGAGCUUUUGCCAUUUCAAGUUGUUCUGCGAUAGAAGUUGAAAUUCUGCCUGCUGAUGACAAGCAGUUUUGGAAAGCUGGAAAAACUGCUUCAAUUAGUUGUAGAAUAGAUGGGAACUUAAAAAACAAGAAAAACAUCAACAGGUUGACAUUUUUUUACGAUAAUGAGGACUUGAAAAACUCCAGUCAGAAGAUUGUGACACGCGUGAAUUCCACCUCCAUCAAGCUAGAAAUAAUUAAAGCCCAGAGAUCUGACAGUGGAAAUUACAUCUGUUGUCUGCAGAAGAAGAAUGGAAUAAACUGCAGGGCAAGGAGUGUCACUGAGCUCGUCUUUGGAGAUGAGCCAGCAAAACCACUGCUGACUCCUGCAAACUGCACAAGCUACAACAUGGAACAUAUGAUCUGUCGUAUCGACAUCGUCAAGACGGAGGCAGACCUCGGCAACAUUCCUACUGCUUGGAAUAUCUCGUGGAAUGUCACAUUUAGGUAUUACAAUGGCGACUACAGAAAAUGUGACAGUGUUGAGCAUGAAGGUGAUAGAAUCAUGAAAUGUCUUAUCAAAGAACAAUUCUUGUCAAAGACUCUAUACACAGUCAAAGUAAAUGCUGUAAAUCUCAUAGGAAGUGCUAGCAUCCAGACUCUGGUGGAUCCCUUGAAUCUUGUAAAGCCGAAUAACGUCGCAAAUUUUCAUGUCAAGUCUAACCGGGCAGGUCUUCAUUUACGAUGGCAUUCACCUCUAGAGUGUUUUGAUAAAGAGUUAUUAUUUAUCAUCUUAUAUUCAACAACAUGGGAAAACAACACUUGCAUGUGUGCAGAUAAUGUGGCACCACCCACUAUUCAUGUAGCUGUUCCUAGCUGUCGUGGCCAUCACUCUUUAAUACAUAAGACUGGAGAUAAUUUGACAUCACUCACCAUCGAUGUACCUGUUCCUGGCUGCCAUGAUGCAGGAUCUGUAAUCCAUACGGCCACAAAAUGUUGCAUCGACAAAACAGUAUUGCAUAAAACAAUACGCAGUAAAAGGUUGAUAUCUGGUGUCCAGUACACAGUCAGCAUUUUGUCGACCCCUCUUGAUGGGACUGGCUACUCAAGUGAACCUAUGUGCAAGAUAAUCAGCACGGAAGAAGGAGUUCCAACAGCUGCUCCUGUGGUACAUCCAUGGUCCUACAGCCUGGAGUGUGAAGAUGAAGAACUUUUUCUAGCAUUAUAUUGGAAGGAAAUACCAAUACCACAGCGGGGCAGCAGGGAUAUAAAGAAUUACAGUGUUAUCAGGGGAUCUCAGGUGGUGUCUGUAAAUGGAACAGAAUUGUCUGUUGUCCUCAAAGUUGACGACGUACAGUUGUGUUCAUAUGGACUGCAGUCCUUGUCAAUUAAAGCAGUUACUGAAGCAGGGGCGUCACACAAGAUGUCUGCUGUUGAAGUCAAUUCUCCAGCCAAAGUGCCAUCAAGACCAGUUUCUGUUGAGAAAACAGUUGACAACAAUAAACUACACGUACAUUGGCAGCUACAACCGGGUUCACAUACAGCGGAUGUCACACGAGUUCACUGGUGUUACGGAUCUUUCUAUGAACAUACAAAUCUAGUCCAGUGUCAGAAUGAAAUCGGUGACAAAAAGGUGAUCAAUUCGGAGACAGACAUUAAUUUCAACAUACCAUUCUCUGGUAACCCUGAGACUUGUGCCAAUUGUGACUGGAGAAUUGCUGUUUCCAUGGAGACACAAGGUAUCUCUAGUGGCUUGAUCUGGGAGAAAAAUCCACAAGGACCAGUUAUCAUCAAUGAAAUUUCAGGUCACAUGACAACUACAACAGUGGUAGGAAUUAUAUUUGGUGUACUAAUUCCUGUUUCGAUCCUAUUCUUUAUCCUCUGGAAAUGUUCCAGGUGCAGAAAGUUUUUAAAAAAGCAAAUGGUGUCAUUUCCUAGAUAUAAAUCACAAAUACUGUUCAACUUCACAGAGACACAGUUUGAUGAAGAAGAAACCAGUUCCACGAAACUGUCAGAAGAAUUAACUCCAACUGCAUGGGACAAGCACAAGGAGAAACCAAUGCCCAAAGACAGUGGACACAACAGCAGCAUCUCGUCCUGCUCUAGAGACCGAAAGAGCCACGUCAGCAAUGGCAGUCAGUCCAGCAGUUUUGCUAAACUGAUCAAGAGACCUUUGUCCUUUUCUGUUCCUAAUCUCUUGCCAGCACGCAGUGAUCCCCAUCUUACAGGCUUGUUGGGACGCAAGAGAACUACCAGUGGUGGCCACGGAGAUCGUGCCGAAUGUCUCAAAACUGUAAAUGUUGGUGAUGUUCACCAUGAUGAUCUCUGGAAUACCGACUGUGACACACAAGAGACAUUGUUUAACAAUGAAAGACAAGAAAACAGUGCUUCAGGAAUUUCCGAAAGCCAACUCUUGACAAUUGCUGAUAGCAGUGUUUCAGGAACCUGUUAGAAAACUUCCUUGGACUCCCCACAUGGUAGUUUAUCUGGUACUUCUGACAUAGAACAUAAAAUGCAUGUGAAGAAGCUAAAAUACCUGAUAACAGAACUUCAGGAAUUUCAGAAACAAAAUGUUCUUCUGAAGCAUCUGGGAUAUAAUUCCAGAUGGUAGUAUUUCUGGAAAGAAUUUUCUGAAAUUUCCAAGAAAAACAUUCUUGGAAAAUGUCAAUGAUCUCAGCUGGUUGGACAACGAUGACAAGAUGAGUGAUCCAAAACUACAGGUCGCAGAAAAUGACACAGGUGUUCACUCAGACUGUGAGCCAAAGAUCUGUUUUCAUAAUGUCAUUUAUUUGAUACAAAACUUGUAAUAUACAUUAUUGCAUGAUCAUACUCAUGCAUGGCUCUACCAUUAACAUUCAUCAUCCACUUGUCCACUAGAAUGAGCUAUCCAUUUUUUCAUGUCUCAUCUGAAUUAGAAAAGCAAAAAAAAAGAAAAAAAGGUGGUGAUGGUGGCAAGUUUGGUUACCAUAUUGUUGUGUGUUGGUAGACUUGUGAAAAGACAUACUCCUUAUUUUGGCUACAAAAAAGUGCAAAAAGUAAAGACGAAAUACAAGCACUCGUCUUUUAACUGAACCGAAGAUGAUAUCGGUCUGACAUUCACAGACAGUUCAGGUUUUGCUGAACCAAUCAAAGUUUUAAAAUAUUAUCGCCAGCUGAUAAAAAGUAGUUUCGUUUUUGUAAAGGCAGUGUAUAUAUUAUUUGGCACUCGAGAUAAAUGAUU